UUUUUUUGGAACCUCUUCUCGUCUGAGCAAUAAGAAUGGUUAUAAAUGUCUGUCUUCCCCAGUAUAAGCCAAGAGUGACUUGUAACAAGAUCAGCGCUGAUGGCUACGAAGUGGAAAACCUUGUCUCGGAGGAUCUCGCAAAAAGGAAUCGUGGCUUUCGCUGUGAAUAUUUCAUUAGACCCCCGGUGCACAUCACAGUGACUUUCCCCUUUAGUGUGGACGUAUGUAGGAUUAAUCUAGACACCUCCUCUGGGGGGCACCAUCACUUCUCUGGAAUGGACGUCUAUACAUCUUCCUCUACCAACAAAACCUUCUGGAGCAACCAGGAUGGUAACCAUUCUCCUUUUGUCGGCCAAAAUCCCGAUAAAGAGGCUUUUGUGCUGGUGGGGAAAGUCUUGCUUAAGAAUCAAAGCAAAGCCACUUUCAAUAACAGAGGCUUCAAGCCGAGGCACCCGUUUCACCAAACAGAUUACGUGAUGUCUUAUCACGGAUCUGCGUGUCAAGACCUCUGGAAUAAAGGGCCCUAUUCGCUUAGCAAUGUUACCCACGUCAGGAUCUGCAUUACGCAUGUAGCUGGUGGGGCGCCGUGUGCCAUUAAGAGACUGGAAAUAUGGGGUCAGCCGGCCAAGUCUUGUCCCAAGGAAGUGGUUGAAAACGUGUAUCAGAUCGCCUGUCUCAGUCUGCCCCAUGGUUUUGGACAGCAGCAGCCGUCCUCGCCGAUGGAAAGUAACCACAUGCCUCUCGGUAGCUCGGAGAACGAGCAGCACGCUCUGAGCGACCUUGCGAACGUUCUCCACGAUGUCCCGGAAGAGUUCCUGGAUCCCAUCACGCUGGAAGUUAUGACUCUUCCCAUGCUGCUUCCCUCAGGCAAAGUUGUUGACCAAAGCACGUUAGAUAAAUGCAACCAAAGCGAAGCGUCAUGGGGCCGGAUGCCAAGUGACCCUUUCACCGGCGUCCCCUAUAGCCAGCACUCUCAGCCUGUCCACCACCCAACCCUGAAAUCCCGGAUUGACUAUUACCUCCUGCAACACAGCAUCCCGGGCUCCAGACUUCUGGGCCGGAGACUGGCCGGGGCCGCCGUGACUCCUUCCGCCGUCGCGCUAUCUUCCAUGAAAAGGAAAGUAGAACGGAUGGAAGACUCUGCCAACGACGAGGACAACGUGGAAACGUAUUUCUCUGCUGUGAGCGGCUUUAAUGCUUCUACCUCAAACCUUAUGACGAAAAAGAUGAGAACGGACAACGAGUGGCAGUCUUCGCAGAUGGAUUGCUCUACUCAUUCAGAUGAGUUAUCGCACGAGCAGAGACUGACGCAGAGCCUGGAUCUCGCCCUGUCGUCGGCUCUUGGGUCCAUGCCCUCGUACACGGCAAGGCUUAUGAAGGGGCAACACCAGGAGGUCCCGCUGGAGAAUGCUGGCGCCAUGCCCUGGGAUUGUUCCUCCACCUUAUCCGAGCACAGUCGGAGUGGUCCGGUUCAAGGAUGUGCUUCGUGCUUGCGGACGUUUUCUGCCUACUGCAAAACCGAGCCGAUCUAUCAGCUCUCGUGCGGCCACCUCAUGUGCCGUCCCUGCUUGGCCGAGAAACAAAAGUCCCUCUCCGUCGUGUGCAUGAAUUGCAACAGAUCGGUGGCCACGCGCGACGUGCUGAGAGUCCACCUUUAGGCGGCGCGGUGAACGUCGCCAUCUUUGGGGGAUUCCAAGCGAGGAAAACCGCGUUCAGACAUCUGGUCGUUUAGUCCUUCGAGGGCUCCAGGCUUCAUGCUUAAACCCAACAACCUUUGCUGCUAAUCUCUACAAACUCGUACCAUGUUUCCUUAGCGAGUUAGUUACGGAUAUUAACUAAUAGCCGUCCGUCGCCUGGUGGACUGAUUCGUUUCGUGUUUACAGUGGGUGGGGGGGGGUUGACCAUGCUAGCUUGACACAAAACCAAGACUAUGCUGGACGUCCUCUUUAACAAUAUGUGGCACUUCUGUAAUAUGUGCGGUCUUGCUUCCCUGUUUCAGUACAUGCGCGGGGUUCCUGUAGCUGGUUUACUAUUAUGAAAACCCAGGCAUAGCGGUCCAACAUCUUCUCAAAUAAUACCUGUGGUGUAGCUAUGAUUGACAGCGUCUUCCUUUUACCGGGCACCCCAUCGGCUUCAUAUAGUUCCAUUUACAAGUUCACAGGGAAGUCCACAACAAAGAUGGACGGCUAUAUUGUCCGGCUCGGAUGGUCUUCAAUAAACAUGGGAAUGGAUCUCCACAGUGCUUCCCGUUGAGCUGGGAAACGUUCGGUCCCACGCGACCGCGCUGCUUUGCUAGAUUCUUAACCGGAAUCCUUUGCACAUCGUUUCGAUUCCUACAAGUAUGGAAACAGGUCGUCGUGUAAACGGACCGUCUCCUCUUUCCUCUGAAAGCAAACCCGUUAGUAAUGCGUGCGCUUGGUUCCGUUUAAUGGUAGAGCACCUCAGGUAUUUGCUUGGAUCGAGAGAUCGCAAUUCCAGGUCACGUCUCGUGUUCUCGAACAAAUGUAUGGGGGGGGGCUGGAAAUGGUUUCUGUCCUUUUUUUUGGAAUAAUGUCUCCUUUGUCUCGUUUCCGUAUUAAGAAAAGAUAUAGGCAUUUAUGUUUCCAUUAAGUAUUUCGGAAACACCUGUUUAAGUCCUGGAAGAGGCUGCCCAGGUAUAAAAUCACCUUUUAGGAGCGACAGAGACCAAUGCUUACCCUGUAGCGGUCAAUGCAUAUAAGUGACUCCCGCUUAGCGGCCGGAUAGGGCAUUUCACUUAAUAUUGUCAUCUACUUUUGUGCUCCAAAGAUAUUACUCUGAUAAAGGCUUCUGUAAGCCCAAACAUCUCCUUGCUGUUGUGCCUUGCUUUAAAUGGUUAAUGUUUGGAGUAUCACGCACCACCUUUACUAUCGGCCAGAUGACUUCACACGCAGACGCGUCCUUAUACGAUCGAUGCGUUUCUAAUACUAAGGACUGAUGCCAUUGUUUUUUGUCCUUCAAACUGUUCAGAACACAAUAAUUUGCUCUCCGAUAAUGUUGGCGACAUCUAGUAGUUGAACUGUCUUAAAAAUUGCUAUUUGAACGAUAUAAGAACAUUUAAUUCUGUUUAUUGUGUAAAUUGAAUGGCUACGACUAAUUGGUGUAACUUCAUGCCUUAUUAAAGUUGUGGAAAAGCAAA